AUGAAAACCCAUAGCAAUAAUAAUAAUAGUGUGUAUUCUGUUAGUUUAUCAGAAAAUGAAAAUAGUGUAAUAGGAAAAAGUAAAGUAAACCUAGACAAUAUAAAGAAUAUAUAUAAAUAUGAUAAAUAUUCUAAUUAUAUUAAUACAGUUAAAAAUAAGAAAGUCGAAGAAGAAAUAGAUAAAAUAUAUAAAGAAAACAGUGAAAUAGAAAGUGAUAUUGAAGCAAAUAAAAUAAGUAGUGAUAUUUCCGUUACAAGUAAGAAUAAUUUUAAAGAAACCAUAAAAAAUUCUAUAAAGAAUGGAAAAAGUUUUAUUACUAGAUACAAAAAUUUAUUUGCAAAAGAGAGAAAUAUAGUUGAGGAUAUGAAAGAUGAUAAAAAUAAUACAUUAAUAAAUAAAAUCGAUAAAUAUGAUAAAAAUAGUUUACUUAUUAAAAUUAAAGACAAUGAUUCCGUAAUCGAUAGUGAUAAUCAUUCUUUCAAUAACUUAAAACAAAAAAAUAGAAAUUAUAGUAAUAGUAAUAUUGAUAUUAAUAAUAGUGGUAAUAGUGAUAUUAGUAACAGUAGUAAUAUUGAUAAUGAUAAUGAUAAUGAUAAUGAUAAUAAUAAUAAUAAUAAUAGUAAUGAGGAGGAAGAGAAUGAUUACACUCAUACGAAAGAUAAGAAAUUAUCUAGUUAUAUAAAUAGUUCUAAGAGAAAAUUUUAUGCACUCGAUAAGUUAAAAACAAAUAGGCAUCUAGAUUUAGAAACACAUGAAUCAUAUUAUAAAUCUAAUAAAAAACAUAGUUCUAGCAGACAAAUUUCAGAAGAUAUUCCAAGUUCUGUUAUUAAGAAACUAAAGGACAGGAUUAAGGGAAACAAGGAUUCACUAAUUUCUGAUAAUAAAAAGGUAGACGACAAAAUGAGUAAUUAUGAAUAUUAUAAAAAUAAUAUGAACCCAGGGGAAUACUUGAGCAAUUUGAAGGAAGCUAAUAUGAAGAAUAUGGUUAUUAGAAAUGAUGAAAAUAAAGAGAAAAGUUUUAUGUACAAUAGAAAUAGGAUAUAUAAUAAAGGAAAUAUUAAUAAUAAUAAUACUGAAAAUAUGUACAAUAAUAAUAAUAAUAAUAAUAUUAGAUAUAAUUCUACUACAAAUCCUAUGGAUUUAGUAGAAACUAAUAAUGCAAAUAAAAUUAUAGAUAUGAAUUUGUUAUAUAAUAAGGAUAUUGAUACAUUGAAUAGUAAUGGGUCUGCAUAUAUUGAUGCUAAUAAAUUAAGUGUUUUACAAGAGAAAUAUAAAAAUAGCCUUUUCUAUGAAAAAGAACUAGCUAAUAUAAAAGAUAUAAACCAGAAGGAAGGCAAUCAGUUAAAGAGUGAAAAUAAUAAUGAGAAAGGGUAUUUAAAUAAUCUGAAGAAUGAAGUGAGAAGUAAUUAUUUAAAUAAUCUUUUAAACAACAGAAAUGUGAAAGAUAAAUAUGAAAGUGAACAAAAAUUUAAUAUAUCUAAUGAAAAAGAAAUGCAAGAUACUUGUAAGACGUUAAAUUAUAAUAAUGAUAUUAAUAAAAGAGAUAAUGAAAAUAAUAUAAUAAAUAAUAAUACGAAACAGUUAAUCAUAGAAAAUUUAAUGAAUAUGAAGAAUAAUGGAGAGGAAAAUAAAAAUGGUAAUAAGUUUAAUAUGAAUGAUGUUCGAAAUAAUUAUAUUGAUUCUCAUUAUAAGGGUAAAGAUAUUUUAAAUUAUGAUUAUAAAAAUGUUCAUCAUAAACGUUCAAGUUCAAGUAACGUAAAUAUAAGAAAAUUGGAAACAGAAAAGGUUAAUAAUUAUUUAAAUUAUGUGGAUGAUACACAAGCAAAAAUUAGUUAUUAUCAAGAGAAGACAAGAGAUACAUCUAACAAUGGCGUUUCACGUUAUGAUAAAUAUUUGAAGUUAAAGAAUGAGAGUAAUUUGAAUUUUUUGAAAAAUAAAAUGAUGGAUCUAAAUGUUAAUGAAUUUAACAAUAGAACAAUGUAUAGAGUAGAUUUUAUGAAUAACAAGAAUGAAUUUGAUGAUAAUAAGGGAAGAAAUAGUAAUUUAGACCACGUGAAUAAUAAUGAUAAUAUGAAUAAUAAUAAUAAUAUGAAGAAUAAUGUUAAUAUGAAUAAUAAUAAUAAUAAUAAUAAUAAUAAUGAUAAUAUGAAUAAUAAUAAUGAUAAUAUGAUUAAUAAUAAUGAUAAUAUGAUUAAUAAUAAUGAUAAUAUAAAUAAUGCUAACAAUUUUAAUAAUUAUGGAGAAAAAAACAAUUCUAUAUUCCCUAAUGGAGAUGUUUCAAUACAUAACAAUACUUUAAAUUCUAAUAAUAAACAAGAUAUGUCUAAUUUAAGAAAUUUUGAUCUUAACGAAUUGAGAAAAAAGCAUCUGAACAAUUAUCAUAAAAUUUCUGAUAAAGAAAGUAUUUAUAUGAAUAAUAAAAAUGACGAGAUAUUUAUAGAUAACAAUAAGAUAGAAAGUUAUCAAUUAAAUAUGCUAAAUGAGAAAAAGAACAAGGAAAAUUCUUUGAUUCAUAAUAAUGAAGAAUUAUUUUCUUUUGAUAGAAAUUUCAAGAAAAAGAAUGAUUUUAAAAAUAUUGUUUGUGUGUGUCAAGCUAGUAAGCAGAUGGCUAGGUUGCAAGUUCAUAUGGAGGAAAAUCGCCAAAUGCUAGAAACUGAAAAGAACCUAAUGAAAAAAAGAAAAGAUAAUUUUGAAAAAAAGGUUGAGAUGCUAUCAGAUAAAGAAAAGGAAAUUGAGAAGAUUCAUUCCCAGAUAAAGGAAAAAGAAAUGCUUGUAGAUAAAAAGAAAAUGGAUAUUGAAGAAAAAGAAAAGUAUGUUAAUUCUAUAAAAUUAAAAUAUGAUAAUGCUCAAAAAGAGUUAUUAGAUAAAAUGAAUGAAUGCAUAACUAUCGAAAAUAAAUGUAAAAGUAAAUUAUAUGAAUAUGAUGAAAAAUUUGGUCAGUUUAAUAAAAAAAUCAAAGAAAUGGAAGAACGAGAAAAGGAAAUAGAUAACGAAAGAAGAAAUAUAGAAAGAAAAGAAAAUUUUCUAAAUCAUACUAAAAAAGAGUUAGAAGAAGAGAAAUUGAAUAAUAUGAAAGAAAAGAAUGAAUUGGAAAUGUUGAAAAAAGAAUUAGAAUCUUUAGAAAAAGAAAAGAAGCAAAUUAUUGAAUGUGAAUAUAAUAAUCUACAAAACAAAGAAGAAGAAAUACAAAGAAAUGAACGAAAUAACUUAAUAAAACAAAAAGAAUUAAAUAGUAGAAUGGAUAGAUAUAAUGAAUUACUUGAAGAUUUAAAUAAAAAGAGAAAAGAAUUAGAAAUGGAAAAAAUGAAAUUAUUAGAUGAUGUACAAGAAGAAAGAAUAAAAUUUCUUAAUGAAAAAAAUAAUAUGCAAAAGGAAAAAGAAAAUGAAAUCAAUUAUAUGAAAGAAGAAUUACGAAAGGAACGAAUAUUAAUGAUUGAGGAAGUCGAAAAAAUGAAAGUCAUAAUGUUAGAAGAUAUUGAGAAAAAUAAAGAAAAGAUGAUAAAAAAUGUGGAAAAGGAAAAUGAAAAAUUAAAAGAUGAAAUUGAAAAGGAAAGACGUAACAUGAUACAAAAUUUGGAAGAAGAGAAAAAAGAAUUCAAACUUUAUUUGGAACAAAAAUAUAAAGAAAAUUUCGAAAAUGAAAAAUCAGGUUUAGCAAAAAAAUUUGAUGAAGAAAAUGAAAAGUUACAAAACGAAAUUGGGAAUGAAAAAAGAAAACUUCAUAAAGAACGUGAUAAUUUUGAAGAACAAAAAAAAAUAUAUGAAGAAGAAUUUAGAAAUAAAUGUGAAAAAUAUGAAGAAAGUAUACAAAAGAAAUAUGAUGUGUUAGAAGAAGAUAAGAAUAAGAUGAAAUAUUUGAUUAUAAAAGAACAAGAAGAAUUAGAAAAUUAUAAAAAAAACAUUUACUUAGAUAUUGAAGAAGAAAAAGAAAAAUUAUAUGUUCAACAAGAAAAAUUAAAUUUAGAAAAAGAAAACUUGUUAGUAGAAAAGGAACAAAUCGAAAUUGAAUUAAAGAAUUAUAAAAAUUUCAAAGAAAAAGAAGAAAACGAUAUAAAGAUAAAGAUUAUCAAUUUAUCACAGCAACAAGAAGAUUUAAAUAAGGAAAAGGAAAAUAUUGAAAAGGAAAAGGAACAAAUUGAGAAAAGAAAAUAUGAUUUAGAUGAAAGAGAAGAAAGUCUAAAUAAUGACAAGGCUCAAAUGGAAGAAUCUCGUAAAAUUUUUGAUGAACAAUUAGAUAAGAUAAAAAAAAAUAAAGAAGAAUUAUUAAAUUAUGACAAGGAAUUGAAAAAUAGAGAAAUUCAUUUAAUGGAAAAGGAAAAGGAAUAUAAUAAGAAACUGGAAGAAUCAAAUAAGAAAAAGGAAUCAUUAAAUUCAUUUGAUGUAGAGUUGAAGGAAUAUAGUUCUAAAUUACAAGAAAGAGAAAAGAAGCUUAAAGAAAAAAAAAACGAAUUACAGAAGGUUAAAGAUCAAUUGGUUAAUUAUAAAAAUAGUUUAAAACAAAAAGAAAUGCAAUUACAAAAUAUUGAAAAACGUGAAAAGGAAUUAUUAGAUGAGCAAACUGUUAUACAAAUAGAUCGAAAUAGUUUAGAAGCCGAGAAAAAACAAUUUAUUUUAACGAAAGAGAAGCAUAUAAAGGAUACGGAAUUUAUACAAGAACAAUUAAAACUAUUACAUGAGCAAUUAAAAAAUAAAGAGAAAUCAUUAAAAGAGAAAGAAAAUGAAAUAAAUUUAUUAAGUAAAUUACAAGACUGUAGAAACAAAAGUGGUAAAGGUGCUAUAAUAUCCUUAAAACAUUUGGAAAAUAGAAAAGUUAGUACAAAUUUAUCUAGAACAAGUAACGCAAGAAAUAGAGGAGUAAAGGUUAAGGCAAUUGGUAAAAAUAAAUUUGAUUUGAUAAGAAGAAGAAAUAGAAAAAAAAGUAUAAAUUUUAAUUAUAACAAUUUAGAGAUUAAUAAUAGUAUUCAAUAUAUAGAUAGUAUGAUAAAUGAAAAUUUUAAAAACAAGGGUUUUUUAAAGUAUAAAAAUGACAAUUUGAUAAUAUCGGAUGCAAAUUAUGUAUCUAAUAAUGUUGAUAAGGAUGCUGCUUCGUCUUAUUCGAUGAAUAAUAAGAAAAUGGAUUCUAAAUUAUUGAAUAAUAAAGAUACAAAUUUGGUAGAUAAAACGGAUAAUGUGAGUGUUAUAUAUAUGGAUGAUAGUAUGAAUGAUAAGGUAAGUUAUAGUAAGAGUGGUAUUAAGGAAAAUAGGGGUAUAUCAAACUAUGCACACAUUACAAAAAAUAAUGGUAACAACAAUAAUAAUGAUAAUAAUGAUAAUAAUGAUAAUAAUUAUAAUGAUAAUAAUAAUAAUAAUAAUAACAAUAAUAAUAAUAAUAAUAACAAUAAUAAUAACAAUAAUAAUAAUAAUAAUAAUAAUAAUAAUAAUAAUAACCAUGACAAUAAUAAUAAUAUGGACUAUUAUAAUUAUGGGGGUGAUAAAUAUAAUGAAAAAAAAGAUGAUUUUUUGAAUAAUGAUUAUCAGAAUUAUGAAAAGAACUAUCUAAAGAAUGAUAAUAAAUAUGAUUAUGAUGAUAAUCAAAAUGGAUUCUCAACUACUCUACCCAGAGACAUGUAUGAAGAGAACCAAUUUUAUAAUAAUGAGGAAGAAAAGAAAAGACCAUACAGAAGAGAAAAAGAACUUGGUAAUAACAUACAUCAGGGUGAUAAGAUAAAUCAAAAUAAUACAUAUAAUAAUAGUUAUAAUAGUUAUAAUAUUAAUAAUAUAAGUACCAACAUAAAGAUGGGAAAGAGCAGUUUUAACGAUACGUUAAAUAAUAAAAAUAGCCCAUCACGUUUGAAUUAUAAAAACAACAUUGAACAUGAUGAAAAUAAUAUAAUGACAUCAUUAAAUGUAAAUAAUUUAAUUGAAUCUGAUUUGAUAGAUAUUAAAAGUAAUAAUUUUGAUUAUUAUAAGGAUAAUGAAAAUAAUAAAUAUGAUGGUAGUAUGAUGUUGGCAAAUUAUGAGCAAAAAGCACAAGAUAUGACAAUGGAUGUAAUAGAUGAAUAUAAUAAUAAUUAUAUAGAAAAGGAAUCUAAUAAAGGAAAUGCAUCCAUUGAUAAUAUUAAUAAGAAUAUUAAUUGUAUUAAUAAUGAUGUCGAUAAUAUAAAUAGUAAUAUAAAUAAUAUAAAUGAUAAUAUUCAUAAAAUAAAUAGUAAUGUAUAUGGAAAUGAUAUGUCGAGAAAUUAUGCAAAUAAUUCAAAUGAAAAGAAUGUAAAAAUAAAUAAGAAAAACGAAAGCUCUUUGAAUACAAUUGAUAAUUUAGUUAAUAAAAAUAUGCAGUCGAUAAAUCAUUUUUCUAGCUUAAUGCAGAGCAGUAAGCAUAACAAAAUGUCACCUAAUAAAGGAAAGUUAAAUGUUGCUACUGAUAAGAAUGGAAGCAAUGAAAAAAAUAAUAUGAAUGGUAAAAAUAAUAUGACUGAUAGGAAUAAUAUGAAUGAUAGAAAUAAUAUGAAUAGUAAAAAUAAUAUGAAUAGUAAAAAUAAUAUGAAUAGUAAAAAUAAUAUGACUGAUAGAAAUAAUAAUAAUUAUUAUUAUAAUAAUAGGAAAGGUAAAAAUAAUGAAUAUGAUAAUUACCAUAAUAAUAACGAUGAAAUGACUAGAAAAGAAAUAAGUAAUGAUAACUUCCUUAACAAUGAAAAUGAUUCUAUGAAAAAAGAACAUAAUUUUAACGAAUUUCUAGAGGAAGAAUAUAAUAAUAUGAAUGAGCAUCAUCAUUAUAGUGAUGUAGAAAGGAUUGCAGGAAAGAAAAAAAAUUAUAGUAAUAAUAAGACAUUGGAUAAAUUAUAUGAAUAUAACAAUAAAUAUAAUGAAAAAAGGUCGAAUAGAAAUGUAGACUCGAAUGUUCAAAUGAUAAAUAGUAAAAGAGAGAACGUUCAAUUUUUUGAAGGGAAUAAAAAUAUUGAUAUUUCUUUUAUUCCUCGUACACCACAUUCAUUAAAUAAAUCGAUAGAAGAAAAUAAUGGAUAUAAUAGUGACAGUAAUCUAUUAUGUAGUCAUAAUUUUGUACACAACGAAAAUGAAAUGCUUAGAAAAAUUAAUUCACAAAUGAGUAAUUAUGAAGAUCAUGAUAAUAAGUAUAAAGCACGUAACAAUAGUAGUAAUAUAUACCUAAAUAAUAAUAAUAAUAAUAAUAAUAGUAAUAGUAAUUAUGUUCAUAGAAAUAAUGUAAAACCAAAUAUAGUGAAGAAAUUUAAUAGGGCGAAAGAAGAAGAAGACCAAGAACAAGAACAAGAACAAGAUGCAAUUGCACAUGGAAAGAGUGGGUACAUGAAAAAUAAUACAAAUGUAUACAAACAAGAAAUGAUUAUUGAAAAUUCAAAUAAUAUGAAUAAGGUUAAUUAUAAAAAUAAUGAUGAUCAUAAAAACAAUAUGAAUAUAACUUACUUAAAAAAGUCCCAUAUAAAUCAAAUGUCAUCAUUCAAAGAAAAAGAAAAAGAAAAAGAAAAAUCAAAUUUUAGGAAUCCAGAAAAUAAUAAAUAUUCUAAUAAAAAUAAUACAAGCAACACUAAAUUUUUAAGCAAUAUCAAAUCAAAUAGUCAUAAUAAUAAUAAUAAUAUGAAUGCACCAAAUGAGCAGAAAAAUACAAAUAUGGUAAGAAUAAAAGGAUUUAUGAAGGGGAUACAACAAAAUAAUAAGAUACCUAAUGAUAUAAAAUUUAACAAUGAUGAAUAUAUGAACCGUAAAAAAAAUUAUGAAAACAAACACGAAAUAAAUAGUAAUAAUAUAAUAGAACAACUUGAUAAAACGUUAAUGAAUAAAUCAAUUAUAAUGAAUAAAAACAAAAAAAAGUUUGAUAAAAAGUGA